GGAGUGGAGUGGAGCGGAGUGGACUAUUUUGACAUUGAUUUUGCUGGUGGACUUUUUAGCUCGCCAACUUUCCAGCUCGUUGUUUUAUUCGAGUGUUUCAGAUAAGUUAGGAAAUGGUGUGUCACAGGAUCAUGAAGGCUGUUCGUCCUUCUGCUGUGGGCUUGUUGUCCAGGUUUAUACUGAACAAGAGCGGGGUGUGUCACAUGACACCAGUCAGCGUCCGCCACUCCAGCAACAGCGAAGAGGAGAAAAUCAGCCGCUAUCCUGUGCCUUACAAGAAAACCCUGCCUUACGACAUGGUGGAGCUGAUGGAGGAGGUCGAGAUGAAGGGUGGCUUCCUGCCGAACGUGUUCAAGGCCCUUGCUCAUCGACCCGCCGAAUUCCGAGCUUUCUUCUCUUAUUAUAAUUUACUCAUGAACAAAGAGACUGGAGGUUUGUCAAAAGCAGAUCGAGAGUUGAUUGUGGUGGCGACCAGCGCCCAUAACAACUGCCUGUAUUGUGUCGUAUCGCACAGUGCACUGCACCGUAUCUACUCGAAGAAGCCCACGCUAGCUGAUCAGGUGGCGGUGAAUUAUAAAGUUGCAGAGUUAACCCCACGGGAGCGAGCCAUGCUGGACUUUGCCCUCAGUGUGUGUUGCAGUGAGACACUGACAGACGAGCACUUCAGCUCACUGGAGGCUCACGGAUUUGAUCGCGAGGAUAUCUGGGACAUCGCUGCCAUCACCGCCUUCUUUGCUCUGUCCAACCGCAUGGCCCACCUCACAGACAUGAGACCCAAUGCAGAGUUCUACAACUUGGGCAGAGUGCCUCGAGAGAAACAUCCGCCAAGCACGGAGCAUGACCAGCCAUAGAGCAGAGCAGUGAUCAUAGGAGAUGUGAACAAAAUAUCAAGCGUCACCAUACCUGAAGGGAUUUUCCUGAUAAACAUUAGGUCACAUUUAUUUAGGUUUGUUAAGGAAAUACGAGCUGAACCAUCAGCGUCACAUUUAAAUCCUUUUCUAUCUAACUGCUCGUAAAAAAAACGAGUAACCAUAAUCCAAAGGGACUCAUUGUCUUGUAUCCUGUCUCAGAAGGUUUUACCCUAAAAGGGGGAUAUUUUUCAAAAUCUUCAGCCCUAUUCAGACAGGAUUAGUUUUACAUGGGCAGGUGGGGUUAUGUAAUCACUACCGGUGUAUCUCUGGAACCCAAGUCCAGCAUUAUGCUUCUAGAUGAUCGAUCUUCUCAUAAAGGUUGUGUGUAAAUAUUUGCAUAAGCCAGCCAAACUGAACAAAAAAUAAUUUCCGCUAGAUUUACAAACGUUUCAGAAACACCGAUUUUCUUAGAACUUGUGUAGAUACAUCAGUCACCCAUAAAAUGUAAACCACGUUCCUGGCAAGGCAAGUUUAUUUAUAUAGCACAUUUCAUACACAAUGGCAGUUCAAUGUGCUUUACAGAAGUAAAAACAAAAACAGUAAACAAUAGAGAAAUAAAAUCACAUAAAAUAAUUUUAUUUUUAUUCUAAAACAAUUAAUUAAAAGAAUUAAAAGAAAAUAAUAAGAAUUAAACAAUAGUAGAAAUAAAAUAAUAAAAUGAAGUAGUAGUUCAAAUAGGAGGAGAAAAAAGAAACCAGCAGAAUAGAAUAAAGAAUAAAAUAGAAUAAAGUUAAAGUAAAUUUAAAACAUGCAGAGAAAGUAAAGAUUAUAAAAAAUGUAAAGAAGACAAUAUUAAUUAUUUAACAGAAAGCAUCUGAAAACAGCCUGGUCUUUAACCUAGAUUUGAAGCUGCCAACAGCAGGAGCAUUUUUAAUGUCCUCUGGCAGUUGGUUCCAUAGCUGUACUGCAUAGUAGCUAAAAGCUGCUUCACCACACUUUGUUUUAACGACUGGUUUUAAUAGUAAAUUUUUCUGUUUUGAUCUGGUAGAUCUGAUCGGGUUAGGCCGCUGCAACAUAUCAGAGAAGUAAUUGGGCCCUGUACCAUUUAGAGAUUUGUACACCAGCAGCAAUGCUUUAAAGUCAAUUCUGUAGCUUACUAGAAGCCAGUGAGCUGGCACAGCUCAUUUGCAUUUAAUGACACCCACAAAACUCCAUAAAAGGUCAAGUGCACAGACAGACAUGAGCACGAAAUGAAUAAAGUUAAAGGCUGAAAGGCAAAAGUUAUUUUGACUCGCUUCUAUGCCAAUAAAAUAUUUAACAAUAUAUAAUAUUAUUAUUAAUAAUAUGUGUGCUAAAUCUUUUAUCAGCUGAGGCAUUUCUUUAUGGCUUACAGCGAUAUGCUGAUGGACUGACCCAUCCUCCCUUUAUACGGCACUGUUUCUUUUGUCAUAAUUGAAUGAGGAGUUUUAUUUGGCUUUAUGGAUUUUUUUUUUUGGUAAUACUGAAUUUCUGCAUGGUAUUUUAGUAUGAGGAUGGCAUUUUGAUAGAGAUUCUAAAGCACUUCUAUAAGUCACUCUGGAUAAGUACGUCUGCUAAGUGCUGUAAAAAUAAUGCUGUAAAAUAAGCAGUUUAUCCUCGACAGUAUAUUCCAUAUAUAAAAGUGCAGUAAUCCCUGCAAAUUAUAUGAAUUGGUGUUAGUCAAGUUGAGGAUUAGGAUGAGGUUAAUUCUUCUUAUGUAUAAAUUUACACACACUUUACAGGAGUACGAGUAGGAUAUGAAUGUUUGGUUUUUUGCAUAUUUCCCAGAUUUUCAUAGAUACCAAAUUACAUGUGUGGACACUCGUAUGAACAAUUUGCGAAUAAAUGAAUAAAAAGACCCAAAGUCAGGAAUUUUAUAAAGAAAGAUUACACCAUCUUAUGCCUAGUAUCAACUGAGCAGUGGAAAUAAUCCACCCCCUUUACCAACUGUUUCCUGUGGGGGGGGGAGGUUGUGCACUUUUCUUUCUUAUAAAGAAACUCCAUCCAGGAAGUGCUCCCCCCCCCCCCCCCCCCCCCUCGUCUCCCACCAAAAUUAAACCAAAACUAAUUUAACGUUUAACGGUAUAAAAUAUCAAUAAUCUUUAAAAGGACUUAAAAGGAAAAGUAGCACUUGUUGUUGUUAUUAGGGAGUUCCUAGCACAGGUACAGCCCGUUAAAAUGAUUUUUUUUUUAAAAAAAGAGAGAGACCACGAUAAAUAAUUUCAAAACUUUUCCCACCUUUUAAUGUGACCUAUAACCUGUACAAUUCAUUUGAAAGACAAACAAAUC